CAGCGGCAACCAUGGCGGGUCAAGAGGAUCCGGUGCAGCGGGAGAUUCACCAGGACUGGGCGAACCGAGAAUACAUUGAGGUCAUCACCAGCAGCAUCAAGAAAAUCGCGGACUUUCUCAACUCAUUCGAUAUGUCUUGUCGUUCAAGACUUGCAACACUAAACGAGAAAUUGACAGCCCUCAAACGGAGAAUAGAGUACAUUGAAGCGCGGGUGACAAAAGGUGAGACCCUCACCUAGAGCUAUGCCAUGCUGCUGCUGGGAAGUUGCUUCAUGGAACGCAGCAGGGCUUUGGGUUCUGCCAUGUACGUCGGUGUGUGAUGUGGCAUGUGAGAAGACAUCCAGGGAAGCUCUUGGAACCAACAUUAGGCAUUUUAUCUUUGAAGUAACAUUUUGUAGAACUAUCUGUCAAUGUAUGAGGCGCUCAGAGCCAGACGCCUGGGACUCUGUUAAGGUCCUCCCCACCUCUCUUUCUCUCAGACUUUUCUUACAACUCUCAUUGCCUCUGCAUUGAUUCUGGAAACAGUCUUUGUCUCCUUUUCACCUUUGGUGGGGUUUGGGAGGCAGUCCUGGCCGAGACACCUAUGCCCUGGCAAGGUG